CAACAAGAAAAAUCCUCUCAACCAGCUUAAUAAACACCGAAAAUCAAUGGAUUCUCGGGUUGAAUCAUCAAUUACAAAGAUUCUUUUAGCUACAAAACAACUUCUUGAGGUAUUAAACAGCUGGUCUCAUGGAAAUGCAGAAGAACGAGAUGUUUCAGAUGUUUAUGUUCGACUAGGAAAUGAGUUUAAUUUAGCAAUAUCAGCAUUUAGUAAUGCUAAGAUUGAUACGUUUGAUCUUGCAACGAUUCCUGAAGAUUUACGUGUAAUUCUUGAAAGUAUGCUUGCAGAAGAAGCAUCACCGGAAGCACUUGAACAUUAUUUACCGAGGAUCCGUUCUAUUAUAAUUAAUCUUCUUCAAGGACUUAAGAAUAAGCAAGCGGAAUACCGUUCACGAUCAGAAUAUGCAUAUUCUACGCCUCAUCGAAGUAGAUCUAUGUCGGCGCAUUUUCGUCAUGUAUAUUCAUCAUCACAAUCAUCUGGACAUACGGUAUGUGAUAAUUCAUCGGAGAAAGUGACACCACCUGGAAGAGAACAUAUGGUUUCAGUGGAACCGGCAUCAUCGUCACGUAGUACAUCGUCAUUUGCGCUAACGCAUCCAAUUGGAGAAAAACAUCCAUUACAUGACUUAACAUCAUCAUCUCCAUUUUCAGGGACACAUCAAGCUCUUCCUACAUCGAUACAUUCAUCAUCAGAUUUAUCAUCAUCGCCGUAUCCUUUAUCGAGUACAAAUGAAUCUAGUACGCCGAAUCCUCAAUCACCAAGGAAUCAGUUACUUUCAUCACUUCAACGUAGUAAUAUGCUUGAUAAACGUCCGAAGAAACGAUAUUCUUUAUAUUCAACGGAAUAUACAUCACCAUUACAAAACGUUUCUCAAAUAUCAUCAGAAGGCAGGAAAUCUAAUGCUUUGAAGGGUAUUUUAGAGAAAAAAACGGAAACUAGAAGUGUUUCUCUAAAUAAUCCGCCUUUUUCUACACCAACACAUGAUAAUAUAUCUAUGGACAAAAGCACAAACACUUAUGUUCAACGAGAAGUUGUUUGCAAUGAAUCGCCAGAAAAUCAUUUGAAAUCCACACCAGAGUCUACCACAUUUACACUUUUCCUGCAAUAUGGAUCUCAAGUGAAAAAGGUUACUCAUAACAAGAAUAUAUCAUUAAAUGGUGUUCGAGUUCUUUUUAUUGAAAAAUUUCAAUUUGAUCCUUGCGACAAUCACUUUCCUCCUCUUUAUAUUCAAGAUCAUCGGACCAGAAUUUUUUAUGAACUUGAAGAUGCAAAAGAUAUUACAGAUCAUAGUUUAAUAUCUCUUAAAAUGCAAGAUGUACCAAAUAAAGCAUUAGAAGAUGGGAUUUCUUCUUUAACGAAAGAAUUACAAUCAUUAAAGACGUCGUUUGAAGGGCAAAAAGAAAUAAUUUCUGAAAUAGCAUCACGUCCAUCAACUUCUGUAUCAAAAGUUACAUCAGAAUCUACUUCUAAACAGGAAAAUGUUUUUUUGAAAACUCAAAAAAAUCAUUUACUUACGCUUAAAAAUAUUCGUCAAGAAUUGGAUUCUCUUCGUGCAAACUAUACCGAUUUCACUUCAUCUAUAAAAUCUUCCAUGGCGGAUAUUGAUUCAAAGACUAAAAAAGUUAAAAAUACAGUUUUUGAUAAGCCAGAAGGUUCUCGACAUUUUAUUGAACUAGGAAAAAAGAAACUUGAAGUCGAAACACAAUCUCUUGUAACAAAAAUCGAAAAUCUUACUGAUAUUGUUAGUAGUCUUCGUAUAGAUGUUAUCAAUAGAAAAGUUAGGCCAUUAACACAGCAACUUGAUGACGUACGCAAAAAAGAAGCACAAAUCCAAAAAGAUAUGGUUUCCCUUAUAAAUCAUUUACAAAGUCUUAGUCCCAAUUGGAGGCAAUUAUGGGAAAUGGAGUUACAAAAUGUUGUUGAAGAACAGGAAUUUUUGGCACAUCAAGAAAGUUUUAUCGAUGAUUUGAAAGCAGAUAUUGUCUCAACAAUGGAAAUAUUUGGAAAUAUUGUUGCAUAUUCAGAAUAUCAGGAAAAGAAUGCUCAUUUAAAUUACUCUUUGUUAAAACAAGGUUCUACUGAUUCAUUAAACACACUUAACCUUGAAACUCGAAGUGCAAAGCCAGAGCUUGAAGUUAGAGCAAGUACUAUAGCAAAAAUGGAGAGACAAGAAAACAAUUUUAGAUUUUAUAUCGAUAAAUUUAAAAAUGAACUUGAUGAAUUUUUGAAUAAAACUAAAUUCAAAAAUGUAGGUUGUAUGGACGAAAUUGAACGCAUUAGAAAGAAAAAGGACGAGGAAAUUUUAAAGGAGCUUUAUUUCUCUUCAAAACAAUUGAAGAAAAAUAUGAAUGGUAUCCAGAACGGAGUAAAUGAAGAAAGUUCAUCAUAACGAAAGUAUUACAACCUGGUUUUUUAGGCAAAAAUAUUAUCAAAAA